CGGAGGAGCCGCCGCCGCCGCCCGCCCCGGAGGCCGGCGCGUCGGGCGGCGGGCGGCGGCGCAAGCGGCCGGUGCCGCGGGGCAAGCCGCCCUACAGCUACAUCGCGCUCAUCGCCAUGGCCCUGGCCCACGCGGCCGAGCGGCGCCUCACGCUGGGCGGCAUCUACCGCUUCAUCACCGAGCGCUUCCCCUUCUACCGCGAGAACCCCAAGAAGUGGCAGAACAGCAUCCGCCACAACCUCACCCUCAACGACUGCUUCGUCAAGGUGCCGCGCGAGCCCGGCCGCCCGGGCAAGGGCAACUACUGGGCGCUGGACCCGGCGGCCGAGGACAUGUUCGACAACGGCAGCUUCCUCCGCCGCAGGAAGCGCUUCAAGCGGGCCGAGCUGGCCGCCUACCCGGCCUACCUGCCGCCCGCCUCGGCCUUCGGCGCCGCCGCGCCGCCCGCUCUCUACGCGCCCGCCGGCUACAGCCCGCCGCCGCCGCCGCCCGCCAGCGCCCCCUACCCGCGGGGCUUCACCAUCCACAGCCUCAUGGGCGGCGCCGAGCUGGCCCCGCCGCCGGGCCUGGAGCUGGGCCCCGAGCCCGCCGCCGCUUUCCCGCCCGCCGCCGGCGGCCUGCUGGGCCGGGCCUACCCCUACGCCGCCUCGCCGCCGCCGCCCCACCUGCCCGGCCCCCCCAGCGGCUACUCCCCGCCCGCCAGCGCCCCGCUCUACGGCGCCGCCGGCCGGCUGGGCCUGCAGCCCGGGCGCUCCUGCGCCGAGCACCCCGAGCCGCUCCUGGCGCAGUUCGGCCCCAACGCCGCCUACGCGCGGCAGCCCGGGUUCGCCGCGGGACUGGAGCGGUACCUGUGACGCCGGGGCCAGGGGCUGCACUGGAAGUCGGAGCGAGAGCCACGGGCAAGGCUUUCCCAUGCCGAUGGGGGGGACACGCGCCGCGCUUCAAGGGCACCGCUUUUUUUUUUCUUCUUCUUCUCUUUUUAAACUCUACACGUGUAGACUGUUUCAUCCUCACACUGUACGGGCCGCCUAAUGCGCGGCGCUGCAUUGCACACGUGCUGUGAAACACCGGCGUGUAGUGCAUAGGCACUGUCCUGUCCCCCGUGCGCAUUGCCUGCAUACCACGCCGUAGUGCACUGUGCAGUGCAGUGCAGUGCCUGGCACAAACGCUCUGUAAUGCAACACUAACACGUGUUAUGCACGAUUCAUUGCAUACGCAUUGUGUAAUACGUUGGAGUGCGUUGUGUCUCAAUUGUGAUUCAGGGGAUCGUGCAUUUCGCCGUGCGCUGUGUGAACCCUUGUGUAAGGCGCUGUUACCUUGUGGAUUUGUAAACGUUCCAGGAUGCCCCAUAUUUUUCUCUCCUUGUUGGGUUCUUAACCUGUAACCAGACAGAGAAUUAGCAAAACUACUUGUUAUGGGAUAUUUUAUUACUAUUUAAGACUUCACCUUUUCCUUCCCCUGUGGGAAAAAAACAUCU